ACCCCUGACUGCCGCGGGGAGGGGCUCAGAAGCCAGCGAACUGAGGGAGCUGACAACCCUACUCCCAGGGAGGUACGGGACAGGACCCCUGAGAGCCGGUGGGAGACGUUCCAGUGCGUGACUGCUGUUUGGCUCCUGUUGGCUCUGGCUGCGCCUUCUAUUGUUUGCAUCCUUCCCCCCACUUCACCCCCUCCUCAGAUGUGGAUCCUCGAUUACCCUCCUCCUAGCUGUCCACAGGACUUGAAGUGUCAGAGGAAGGGAUUGGGCGCUGGCUGUGAUCAAACUUCUCAGCUCUCCGAGGCUUGAGUUUCCCACGUCACUCCCCUGGCCAGGCCUCCCGGCCCCCUCGUGCCUCUCUGGUGGCCUCUCUGCCUUCCCUGUUCUCCUGCCCUCCCCAUGGCCCAGACAUGAGUGGCCCCCUCGAAGGGGCUGAUGGGGGAGGGGACCCCAGGCCUGGGGAAUCCUUUUGUCCUGGAGGGGCUCCAUCCCCUGGGCCUCCACAGCAUCGACCUUGUCCUGGCCCCAGCCUGGCUGACGACACGGAUGCCAACAGCAAUGGCUCCAGCGGCAAUGAGUCCAAUGGACCGGAGUCCAGGGGUGCAUCUCAGCGGAGCUCACAUAGCUCCUCCUCCGGCAAUGGCAAGGACUCGGCCCUGCUGGACACCACUGAAAGCAGCAAGAGCACAAACUCUCAGAGCCCAUCCCCACCCAGCAGUUCCAUUGCCUACAGUCUCCUGAGUGCCAGCUCAGAGCAGGACAACCCAUCUACCAGUGGCUGCAGCAGUGAACAGUCAGCUCGGGCAAGGACCCAGAAAGAACUCAUGACGGCGCUGCGGGAGCUCAAGCUUCGGCUGCCACCAGAGCGCAGGGGCAAGGGCCGCUCUGGGACCCUGGCCACGCUGCAGUACGCACUGGCCUGUGUCAAGCAGGUGCAAGCCAACCAGGAAUACUACCAGCAGUGGAGCCUGGAGGAGGGCGAGCCUUGUGCCAUGGACAUGUCCACCUACACUCUGGAGGAACUGGAGCACAUCACAUCUGAGUACACGCUUCGCAACCAGGAUACCUUCUCCGUGGCUGUCUCCUUCCUGACAGGCCGCAUCGUCUACAUCUCUGAGCAGGCAGGUAUCCUGCUGCGCUGCAAGCAGGAUGUGUUCCGCGGUGCCCGCUUCUCAGAGCUCCUGGCUCCCCAGGAUGUGGGCGUCUUCUAUGGUUCCACUGCCCCAUCUCGCCUGCCCACCUGGGGCACGGGGGCCUCGGCAGGUUCAGGCCUCAAGGAUUUCACCCAGGAGAAGUCUGUCUUCUGCCGUAUCAGAGGGGGUCCUGACCGAGAUCCGGGGCCUCGGUACCAGCCAUUCCGCCUAACCCCAUAUGUGACCAAGAUCCGGGUCUCUGAUGGGGCCCCUGCACAGCCGUGUUGCCUGUUGAUCGCAGAGCGCAUCCACUCUGGUUAUGAAGCUCCCCGGAUUCCCCCCGACAAGAGGAUCUUCACGACGAGGCACACGCCCAGCUGCCUCUUCCAGGAUGUGGAUGAAAGGGCCGCCCCGUUGCUGGGCUACCUCCCCCAAGACCUCCUGGGGGCCCCAGUGCUCCUUUUCCUGCAUCCGGAGGACCGACCCCUCAUGCUGGCCAUCCACAAGAAGAUCCUGCAGCUGGCUGGCCAACCCUUUGACCACUCCCCUAUCCGCUUCUGCGCCCGGAAUGGGGAGUACGUCACCAUGGACACCAGCUGGGCUGGCUUCGUGCACCCCUGGAGCCGCAAGGUGGCCUUUGUGCUGGGCCGCCACAAAGUACGCACGGCGCCCCUGAAUGAAGACGUGUUCACCCCCCCAGUCCCCAGCCCCGCUCUCUCCCUGGACCCUGAUAUCCAGGAGCUUUCUGAGCAGAUCCACCGGCUGCUGUUACAGCCUGUGCACAGCCCCAGCCCCACGGGGUUCUGUGGAGUCGGCCCGGUGACUUCUCCAGGUCCUCUCCUCAGCCCUGGCUCCUCCAGUGCCAGCAACGGGGGUGACGCCGAGGGACCUGGGCCUCCUGCGCCGGUGACCUUCCAGCAGAUCUGUAAGGAUGUGCACCUGGUGAAGCAUCAGGGGCAGCAGCUUUUUAUUGAGUCCCGGGCCCGGCCUCUGCCCCGGCCCCGCGUCCCUGCUACAGGCACAUUCAAGGCCAAGACCCUUCCUUGCCAAUCCGCAGACCCAGAGUUGGAGGUGGCACCUGCUCCAAUCCAGGCCCCACUAGCCUUGGCUCCUGAGGAGGCUGAGCGGAAAGAAGCCUCCAGCUGCUCCUACCAGCAGAUCAACUGCCUGGACAGCAUCCUCAGGUACCUGGAGAGCUGCAACCUCCCCAGCACGACCAAGCGCAAAUGUACCUCCUCCUCCUCCUGCACCACCUCUUCGGCCUCCGACGAGGACAGGCAGCGGGCGGGCGCGGUCUCUGUGGGGACCGAGAAAGAUCCAUCGGCAGUGCUGUCUGGGGAGGGGGCCGCCCCUCUGAAGGAGCCGGUGGUGGGAGGAGACGCCCUGAGCCCGCUCGCCCGGGCCAAUAAGGCGGAGAGCGUGGUGUCCGUCACCAGUCAGUGUAGCUUCAGCUCCACUAUCGUCCAUGUGGGAGACAAGAAGCCCCCGGAAUCGGACAUCAUCAUGAUGGAGGACCUGCCUGGCCUGCCUCCCGGCCCAGCUCCCAGCCCAGCCCCCAGCCCCACGGUGGCCCCUGACCCAGCCACAGGUGCCUACCGGCCGGUGGGCCUGACCAAGGCUGUGCUGUCCCUGCACACCCAGAAGGAGGAGCAGGCCUUCCUCAGCCGUUUCCGCGACCUCGGCAGGCUGCGUGGACUUGACGGCUCCUCCACGGCCCCCUCGGCCCCCGGCUGCCGCCACGGCUCCGCGGCCCCCGGCCGCCGCCACCACUGCCGAUCCAAAGCUAAGCGCUCCCGCCAGCACCCGACCCCUCAGGCCGAAGUCCCCUGCCACGUCUCCCACCCGUCGCCUGUGCCAUCCUCUACCCCCUGGCCCCCACCACCAGCCACGCCGCCCUUCCCGGCUGUGGUCCAGCCCUGCCCCCUCCCCGCGUUCUCCCCCAGAGGAGGCCCCCAGCCUCUCCCUCCUGCACCCACAUCUGUGUCUCCUGCAGCUUUCCCUGCCCCGCUGGUGACCCCAGUGGUGGCUUUGGUGCUCCCUAACUAUCUCUUCCCUGCCCCACCCACCUACCCCUGUGGGGCACCCCAGACCCCCUCCUCCCACUCCCCUUCUCCGUCCCUGCCCCUGCCGCCCCCCAGCCCUCCCCGCCGCCCCAACUCUCCACUCUUCAACUCGAGAUGCAGCUCCCCGCUCCAGCUAAAUCUGCUGCAGCUUGAGGAGCCCCCCCGUGUCGAGGGGAGUAGUGCUGGGCGCCCCCCUCCCAGUGAGGAGACUGCCGACCCAGCAGCCAGACCGGUGGAGAUAACUGAGUCCUCCAACCAGGAUGCGCUCUCGGGCUCCAGCGACCUGUUGGAGUUGCUGCUGCAGGAGGACUCGCGCUCUGGCACGGGCUCUGCUGCCUCGGGCUCCUUGGGCUCUGGCUUGGGCUCUGGGUCUGGUUCAGGCUCCCAUGAGGGGAGCAGCACCUCAGCCAGCAUCACGCGCAGCAGUCAGAGCAGCCACACGAGCAAGUACUUUGGCAGCAUCGAUUCUUCCGAGGCUGAGGCUGGGGCUGCCCGUGCCAGGGCUGAGCCCGGGGACCAGGUCAUUAAGUACGUGCUCCAGGAUCCCAUCUGGCUGCUCAUGGCCAAUGCUGACCAGCACGUCAUGAUGACCUAUCAGGUGCCCCCCAGGGACAUGGCCUCUGUGCUGAAGCAGGACCGGGAGCGGCUCCGGGCUAUGCAGAAGCAGCAGCCUCGGUUCUCAGAGGACCAGCGGAGGGAACUGGGUGCUGUGCACUCCUGGGUCCGGAAGGGUCAACUGCCUCGGGCCCUUGAUGUGAUGGCCUGUGUGGACUGCGGUAGCAGCACCCGAGACCCUGGCCACCCUGAUGACCCACUCUUCUCAGAAAUGGAUGGACUGGGGCUGGAGCCCAUGGAGGAGGGUGGAGGCGAGGGGGGUGGCGGUGGUGGUGAGGGUGAGGGUGAGGGUGAGGGCGGUGAUGAGGCCCAGGCCCAAGCUGGGGCCACGGUCUCAAGCUCUCAGGACCUGGCCAUGGAGGAGGAGGAACAAGGCGGGAGCUCAUCCAGUCCAGCCUUACCUGCCGCAGAAAAUGGCACCAGCUAGACUACACUUGGGGCCACCUCCGGGAAUGCAUGAGAAGCUUCCUUCUCCCAUGUCCCAACUCGCAGCACUCAGAUGUGGCUGGACCAACCAAUAGAAAACUGUUCGGCUUCUCCCGCUGUAGGGGGUGUGGGACCUCCCAGCCGUCAGCAGCCCAGGAUCCAGGGGCUGCCUCUGGCCUCUUAGAGAACAGAGGGUGGCGCUCUUCAGCCCAGCCCAGAGAAGCCGCACCUCCCAUCCCUGCUGAGGAGUCGUUCCUUCCCCUGGACAAAGUUGCUGACAAGCUGCUGAAGUGGUUCUCCAAGCCCCAGCUGAGCCGGAGUCCCUGUCCCUGAGGGUUGGGGCUGCGUUUAUUUAUUGGGGGAGCCAGCCCUCUGAGGCCCAAGCAGGACCCAGUGGUCCAGACCCCUAGCUGCUCCGGGGUGGGGGAGGUUGGUGGACCGUGGAGUCCCUGGUGCUGCCCCUCAGGUGGGACCCUGGUGUUCUCAGCUGUACCCUCUACCGAUGAGAUUUGUGUUUUUGAUAUUGUGUCUGUUAUUUUUUAAUAUAAAAAGAAAAAAAUA